AUGCCUACAAGAACUGCCAAUCAUACUGUAACUACCAACCCCAACGGAAACGAAGAAGGCCAUGUUACCCUUCCGUUGGGCUUUGUUUCGAGCCCUCCAGUGGUUGUUCGGAGAACCAAUACCUCGCCAGCGGGGCUAACUCUUCUCUCUGAAAUCUCCUCCAUCACUCUUCCUCCUUCCGAGGAGGACGAGGACGACAGCAAUGAAAUCUGUCAACGAUCCAAUGCCCCAACAGAUACAUUGGAAGAGUUGGUAGACUCUGACAAUGACGAUGCAUUGGACCGACUAGAACCUGACGACAACAGCAUGGGCGGGGAAGAAGACUUCCAGGUCCUCACGAUCGAGGCGGAAUCAGCAAUAGAGGAUAGGAUGUAUCAGUUGUGCAUCGCUGGCAAACCUGAAGGUGAAGAAGAAGACCACUGUGUGUCCAAGAAGGACGUUCUGAUGGAGAUGGUUGAUCUAACACCCGAGGUUAAGAUCCCUGGCAUCCCUCCCAACUGGCAACCGACUGAACCAAGAGUCGCCAAUGGUGAAGUCCCUUUUGAUGAAGUCGACAAUCCAGGAAACUGGAAUGAGUAUAUCUACCGCGGUAAAUUGAACAAGAGCAGGCAAUACAAAGGCCACAGCCUACCUUCUGGUGCCCAACCCGUUCCUGUUUCGGAAGGGGGUAAGCGAACCAUCAAUGGAUGGGAGUUUCACUAUGGUCCUUGGACUCCUGAUGAUGAAGGAGAUGAUGGACCAGGAUCCUUCAGAAGCGGUGCAACAACGGAAAAUAUGUUUCCGGAAAGUCGCAAAGGCUGCUUGAGUGUUGCCACACUCAAGUUGCUUGGCCUCACCAAGUCGCGAAUGGAUGGCGACGAUGCCCUGUUCUUCUACCAACUGUUGUAUCCUAUCUGUGACCCAAAGAGGUCUGGUGUUGCAAAGGAUCCACGCGAAGCGUAUUACUUUGAUGUCGAAACCUUCACCAGGAAAUAUGCGGCCUCCUUGGAAUACGGUGGUUCGUAUGGCCAGACUAUCAAGCCUGUCCUGGCGGCAGAACUUCUGAAGUUCCAUGGCAUCAUGGUUCGAGAUGGCGUUCAUGGAGGCAGCAGGGGUGCCGUCUACCGUCUAUGGGACCCAACUUGUUCAUGCUAUGACAAAGACGUUGUGAAUGCACUCAGCCUCUAUCGAUUUCGACAAAUCAAAAGGAUCAUCAAGCUCAAUGAUAAUGCCAAAAGCAAACCUCGUGGCCAUGAACUGUACGAUCCUGCACAUAAGUAUGACAUGGCAUACAGAGUGGUCGUUGCUAACUGUAACAGCUUGACACUGUAUGCGGAGAGUGACUUGUGCUGUGACGAGAUGACAUGGAAGUUCAUGGGGUACGGAGAAGGCGGCGUUGUCCGACGAAUCGUAGGGAAGCCUGGAGUUACCAAAGGUGGUCAAGUCGUAAUGACCUCUGAUGCUUCUUGCUGUCGUCCUCGGGCAUACGUCCAUCGUCACACUCUACACCACCGUCCGACAGGCUUUGCUAAACAGGGACCUAAUGAGGUCCGAAUGAUUGUUGAGAAGCUGGACUGCUUGAUCUCCAAGGAAGAUGGCGAUGGUAAAAUCUUCAGAGAGAAGCCCCACAUCACUCUUGACAACUUCUUUUCUGGUGAUGAGACCCUUGACCAUCUUGGCGAACUCGGAUUCGCGGCCACCAUGACAAGUCGCAGAGACCGGCUGCCCGCAGGUGUGCCCAAGCAUCACUUUCAUCAUGAGAAAGGUCCUGUUGAUGACCGCAGCAAGGCCGCAAGAUUCAUCCAUCCUAUCACCUGUGUCAAGAAGUUUCCCCAAGACGGCGAGAAGAAAGCCUACACGCGAACUCAUGUCUCCUUCCAGAGCACUGGCUCUACCAACUUCUCCACUGUUAAUGCUAUUAACUCUAGUCGACUCUAUGUUGUCAAGAAAGAGAGAGGUGUUGGCAAAGAAAAGAGAAUCUGGGGUGUCGAGAAUAAUCCCGCAAGGACCCUCUACCUCAGCCACUACGGUAGGAUCGACACUGAUGAUGCUAUGAUGGCCGGCACUCAAAUCCAAUACCGUUCUAGGAAGUACUGGCAUUCUGCAAUGCUUCAUGGUCUUAGGCUUGCUAUUGUCACUGCGUAUUCUUUUUACCUGGAAGCCAGCAGUGGGAGCUUGGAUGCCAGUUGGAAGUUAGUGAAGCCGAUGACUUUCCAUCAGUUCCGCGACCGACUGUCAACCCAGAUGCUCCAAUACAAGCCAAGGUUCAAUAUGUACCCAGGUGAUUCAGGAUUUCGCUCUGUUACAGUUCUUUCAAAGAAGGCACGCUCCAAGACUCAUGUGGUCCCAAGCAAGAGAUCUCGCCAGACUGCGGUGUCCGUCAGUACUGGUGGUCAGCACUGUGUUUUGAUUGACGAGUUGGACAAUGCCAGGAAGAGUAAACGAUUAUGUGGUGCCUUCAACCAUACUGAGCUGUCAAAGCACCUAGCAUCAUUCCUUGAGAAAGGAGCUUCGAUCUCUUCAGGUUCAAAGUGUGCUUGGUGCGGCGAGAAGGCAUACCAACGAUGCACCAUUUGCAAAGUACCCUUACACAACUUCCCAGCUAAGGGAAUGCACAAAGGUAAAUCGUGCUCUGUGGAUUGGCACAACGAUAGCAACUUUGGAUUGGGGUACAAAGACUGCAAGAGCCUCGCCUCCAAGGCAAGUGUCAAUUGGAGUUUGCCAUCUUUGGCGGCCAAGAAGGCUAACAUGGAGCACAUUGAUGGACUUAGUGGACCUAUCUAA